AUGUACGCAUCUCAGCGUGGUCAUGCGGAAUGUGCACGGCUGCUGUUGAAGGCCAAGGCCGAUAAGGACUUGGCCGACAAGGACGGCUGGACGGCUCUCAUUUGCGCAUGUUCACAAGGCACGCAGGAGAGUGUGGCCUUGCUGUUGCGGGCUGGGGCGCAAAAGGACUUGGCUGACCAUCUCGAACGGACGGCUCUGAUCCAUGCCGCCAGCAGAGGUUUGGCUGACGUUGAUCGAACAACUGGAUUGGUUCACGCUUCCGUCCAAGGCUACGCAACUGUUGUGCGUCUACUGCUCGAGGCUCGUGCUGCCGAGGAAUUGGCCCAAGAAACAGGUAAGACCGCUUUUCGUGGCGCAUGCUCACAAGGUCACCUGAAGGUAGCGCGAUUGCUGCUGGCAGCCAGAGCGGGUGGGGUACUCACGUCCUGGUGCGCAUGCUCUUCGAGAAGCUGGAAACACCGAGACAAGCGCGGGGUCCGCAACGACGAUGGGACGCUUCCGGGAGGCACGGCGGCGACUGCCGCAUGGCAAGAAGACGCAGCGUGUUGA